AUGAACUGGGCAUCCGCUCAAUUGAUCGCAAAUGUUGACAAAUUGAUCCUUGAAAAAGGUUACGGCUGUAGCGUUGAACUGGUACCAGGUGAUACCAUGCCAUCGUUUACCUCCAUGAAUGAAAAACAGCGGCCGGACGUGUCUCCGGAGCUCUGGAUCAAUGCGGUACGAGAACCGCUUGGUAAAGCUAUAGAAGCGGGCACCCUGCAUUCGGUCAUUGAGGGGCCGAUCACGGGGCUUGGUGAAGGUUGGUGGAUUCCACCGCAUACCGCAAAAGCUCAUCCUGAAUUUAAAACUGUGUUGGACGUACUGGAGCGACCGGACUUAUUUCCGGAUGCCGAAGAUCCUUCAAAAGGCGCUUUCAUUGGCUGUCCAGCAGGUUGGGGCUGUCAGCUGACCAAUAUCAAUCUGUUCCGUGGUUUCAAAAUGGAAGAGAAAGGAUGGAAAUUGGUUGAUCCAGGUUCGUCAGCAGGCUUGGAUGGUUCAAUGACCAAAGCAGUUGAACGCGGUGAAAACUGGUUCGGUUAUUACUGGUCACCAACCUCCUUGAUCGGCCGACACGGUAUGGUGAAGCUUGAUUUUGGCGUGCCCUACAUUGGUGACGAACACUGGAACGGCUGCAUUGUGAAGCCAGAGCAGGAUUGUGCUGAUCCACAGGCAUCGGCUUGGACAGAAUCUGAAGUUCACACUGUUGCGACCGAUGAGUUCAAGCAAUCAACGACUGCCGAAGUCUGGGCAUACUUUGGAAGUCGCGUGUUCCCGGGUGAACUCAUGAAUGCUUUGCUGGCAUAUAUGGACGCCAACCAGGUGGACGGAGCGGAUGCUGCAGUGAAAUUCGUAGAAGAAAAUUCCGAUGUUUGGGGCGCUUGGGUUUCCAGCAGUGCGAAAGAAAUGAUGAUGUAG